GCACUCCUUCGAACGGGCCGUUCAGUUGGAUUCAAGCCGCGAACGAGGUAACUUGUGCCGUGAGAAAACUUACAAACCCCUUAACACGACUAAGCCUGCCUUCUUCUCGAAAGAUUUUUCAUUUUGACACCUAUGCCACCAUAUAUUUUUUAUUGUCCUUUUUUUCGCUGAUAUCCGCUGAUGAACGUUGAAAGAUAUUAUCGUUGCUCAUAGUGAAAUAUCUCUAUACCAGCUUUGUGAGUUCCUCAGUGACAUUGUAAACACACAGUAGCGAGUCCGUCCCGAGGAACAUGAAUCCAAAACUUCUUCAUUCAUCUUUUUACUCGGAGUUUUAGGAUUGAAACGAUGUCGCCGUGAUGUUACAUCGAAGUGCGUCGUCGCGACGCCGCAGGGCGUCACGAAGCGUUGCAAACUCGAGUCAUCCUGCUGGAACUUCAUCUGCUACGAGCAGAGGACGUCGAGCAAGCGUUGCUACGGAAAAACCUGAUCUUUUGACUCAGAUCAGUCCCUGCGGCACGAUGGAAAGACAGAAAUCACCGAGAGGAAGCGUCGUACCGAAUAUAGCACUCGACGUUGAAAAUGAUUUACCGGAAGAGGGCAGCGGUCGAAGGAUUUUACCGGAUCUGGAUUAUGGUGGAUCCCGCAACAAUCUAACAGCAGACAUUGCUCGAAGUCCGCGUAACUCCUUGAUACCGGAGGAUUACUGCAGAAGUCCUCGUGGUUCUUUGAUACCCGAUCCUGGUCGAAGUCCACGCAAUAGUCUGGUACCGGAGAUAAGUAGAUCGGCGAGAAACAGUUUGACUCCGGACACUCCUCACAGUCCAAGACAUUCGUUGGUCCCCGACGUGGCCUACAAUCGCAGUCCACGAAACAGUCUGAUACCUCUCUGUGGUUCAAGGACGUCUCUGAUGGCAGAAAAUGGAAAUGUAACUGGCAAUCGUAGUCCCAGGCACUCUUUGAUACCAGAUUCGAGCAGAAGUCCACGUGGGAGCAUAGCGAACCUGGAGUUUGAUCGUAGUCCACGUGGAUCCAUUUGUCCUGAAAUGGUUAGAACCGGAAGAGCGGGUGCCACGACGCCGUUAGAAAUGGAUAGAAGUCCACGUGGAUCCUUAAGUUCCGAAUGCGCGAAUCAGAGUCCGCGAGGUUCGAUAGCACCGGAUCCUAAUAGAUCUCCGAGGGGUUCGAUCGUGCUAGAUCCGAAUCGUUCUCCGAGAGGGUCUAUUUGUCCCGAGGGAAAUCGCAGUCCGCGUGGCUCGAUAGUUACCCACGAACAAACGAAUAGAUCUCCUCGUGGCAGCAUCGUCGUUAACGAUUUGGAAAAGCAUUCCAGAGGUAUCGCUGGUCACAACGACGAGGGAAACAGAAGUCCUAGGGGAAGUAUAGCUCCGGAGAGUAUCGACAGAAGUCCCAGGGGUAGUCUCGGUGGAGGACUGGAUAGAAGAAUUACCAAAAGCAAUUUGACAUUACAGGAUCCGAGAAGAGCUUCCGCUGAUCAAGGAACUGUGAGAAGCCGUAGUUCCUCGCCCUAUCGUCAAAAGGAUAUGAAUUCUAGUAGCGUAAGAUCAGCAGGGAACGGUGCUCAAAUUAAUCUCGCACACGGUGGGAAUUCUUGGACGGAAUCCAGGCGAGCAAGCAGUUCCGUUUCUCAGUUUUCAGGCGACGAGUCACGUCGAUUGUGCGCCGGAAUUAUCAAAAUACCAGAGAAGGGUACUUCGGAAACCGCAAACCUCGGAGUGGCGACCUACGGUUCCGUGGUCUUUCAACUGAAGGACGCCCAUCUCGAGGCCAACGGCACGUGCGACUUCGUUUUCCGUGCUCUGAGGGUCAUUAGCAAAACGAUGAUAGUUACCAUAUGUCUUGCUGUCCUUUCUACUAUGCCUAUUCUGAUGUUUAUUUUAGGUAUACAAUUCAUCAAAGACUGCCCGAGGGAACCACAUAUUCCUCUCUACAUGGUGGUCGGUGGUACUUUGGGCACCGUUAGAAUGUUUUGGUCACUUUACUCUCAGAUACGUUCCAGAAGACCGGAAGCUCUUACCGUUCCUAAUACCAGAUCUUACGUUUCACCCAUGAAGUUGGCUUCGAUAGCUCUCUCGUGCUUCCUCGUCGGUUGGUUCGCUUUAGGAAAUUAUUGGAUACUCAGCAUCGAAUGGCCGGAAUAUGCACCCAUGCUUUAUGAUCCCGACCGAUGGUGCCACAAAACCCUCUACAUAUUCUCCUUGGUUCACCUCUGCGUUGUCUACGUGGCGAUAGCGGCGAGUCUUUUGCUCUCUCUUGGCCUAGCAUUUUGUAGAAUUUGUGCGUGUCCUUGGCCCGAAAGAUACAAAUAACCACGGCGUUCUGUUCGAUCGAGAAUCAUUCGAGAGAAGUCAACGGCCAGUAAGAGGUACCAAGAUAGAGAUUUUCUCGGAGGAAAAAUGCUUAAGGUGGUGGAGGUAGAGGAAGACGAGGAGGGAGAGGGCUCGAACGAGCGAGGUAAUGAGGUCGUCCAGGAGGUGAAGUAUAGCAGCAAAGUACAGUUUCGUGCGCCUGAUAUCAUAGAGUUGUGAGGAACUAGGAAAAUAGACGGAAGAUAAAUCGACUCCUUCCUGGUCGAUCCUAACGAGUUGGGGCGGGUGGAGGGGUGGGGGUUGAGUUGGGACAAGAGAAAAAAAAGUAGUACCUUGCUCGUUGAAUUCCAAACUAUCGGUCAAACUAACAAAAAUAAAGUUCGCUCUUUACAAAAAAAGAUCAUUGCUGCUUCGUAAAAAAUAUAUGACGAGUAUAAUAAGCGAUCUUUCGAUCUUUCGAUAAACUUUCGAAUUCAUUGCACGUCGAUAUCGUAAGAGAGAUCGUACGUGAUGAUUUUCGAGUAAUCGUACGAUAUUAAUUGGGAAAAGCUUAGAGAAAUAAGAAAUAUAUGACGGAGAUGGUACAACGGAUAAAUGGGAGACGAACGAAGAGGCUUGCGCAGGUAACGUAUCGUUAAGUAGAAAAGAUCCAUUAUAGCCGGACUGUUCUAACGCUUUCAUUAAAGAUAGAAAACAAAUGAUCCGUUUAUCCGACGAACCAGCUGCGCAAGCUUUAUUAGAAGACGGACAAAGCAAUGAAAAUUUUCCUUUUGAAAUUCGUCAAAGAAUUUCCCAAAAUUAUGAUCGCAAAAUAAAGAGAGAGAGAAGCUCAAAGUCGAUGGAUCGAUAAAUGUCAACGGGCCACGUAUUUGUCCAUUCUGUAUCUAGUUGUUGGAGAAUGGAUCUUUGUGAAAAAGGAAUCGUUUUUACGAUAGUAACGAAUGUUCCUCUUUUUCUUUUUUCAAUCGAUGCGCGUUGAACGCGCGAUGUUCCAUGGACCAAUACAAAACAAAAAAGUACGAAGCACGAAACAACAUCGCAAGAAAAUUCCCGAUCUCGUUCGACCUUACAAAUUUUUCUUUACGACCGUGAUAUAUAACAUUUUCUAUGAGAACGUUGAAUCGAGUACGGUAGACCCUAAAAUUCGUUGCUUGAUUUAUCGAAAAGAUUCUUUCGUAGACGAAAAGAUUCGAACGUUGCACUUUAGAUAUCACGAACUGGAACGGUUACGGUCGUUCCUUCGAAAUUUGAUUUCAACUUUUCGACGCGAUAUUCGUAUCUUUCUUUAACACCGGACAAGUAUCGAUCGUUCCCGUCAUCGCGUCGUGGAUGUAAGUGCGAUAGGAGUAUAGUUUCUCGAUUUCUCUUGGCAACCAUCGAAGGUCGUAAGUAAGUGAAACACUUUGAGUACAUACAUACGUGCUCGAUUCAACUUUUAGAAAGAGUGAGAAAGAAGGAAAGGAAAUCAAGCAAUGAACAUCUUUAUUUUUCUACGUCUUUCUAAGGUCUCUCUGGAAAAGAUGGAGACUCGUUUCUUCGUCUUUCUUUUUCCUUGUUUCUGUGUGCAUUUAUAUCGUACUCUCUCUCUCUCUCUCUCUCUCUCUCUCUCUCUCUCUCUAUUUCUUCUUUUCUUACUUUCUCUUUUUCUCUCUCGCAUGAACGAAUCUGAAGUAUCAACGUAAGUAAUAACCUAUAUACAUGCGUAUAUUUAAACUUUAUAUGUCACCAAACGCAGAUAUAUUUUAAUUUAUGGAAAUCGAAAGAGUAGGUAAUUAUGCAUACAUAUAUACAUACAUAGAUAUUGUAUAUACCUAUGCACAGUCAAGGAUUCAUUUUGGCAAGGAUCCAAUCCGGCAAACAUCGCUCUCCCCUUAUCUACAAAGUCUUUAGCGGUUCUCUGCACGAACUCGUUAUGCUGAAGAAUCAACGUCAAUUAAAAUUUAUAUUAAUGCUUUCAGCAAUGUAAAGAACUUAUGUAUUUACUUACACAUGCACACCCGAUGCAUUUAUGCGUUGUGUAAUGUUUUAGUUCAAGAAUAGGGGAGACGAGCUUGAUAUUCGCGAAUGACAUAAGCGUAAAUAUAUAUAUAUAUAUAUCUAUCUAAGUACAUAUAUAUGUAUGUGUACAAUCGGUAAGCGUCCGGCUAAAAGCGUUGCUUCUCCUAUGCUCACGUAGCUAAAUACGUACGUAAUGGAGCAUUAUUAUACCAGUAUUAUACUCUUCUCUUUGUGCAAAUUUGCACGGUAAUCAUACGAUAAAGCAUAUGUCUUUUUCCUUUUUUUUCGUAUUUCUUUUAUAUCACGACUAUGCAGUGGUUCGACAACGGGUCCAUAUAUUUCAUUGUUUGUACGAGUAAUUACCUAUAUAUCGUAGAGUAUAUAUAUAUAUA